AUGCUGCAUCCCCAACCGAGACGCUCCCUUCUGGGGCGGCCGCGGCCGAGAAUCGUCCUCCUUGUCGUACUCGCCGCCGUCACGACAUGGUUCCUGCUCUUCAGCGGCCCAGCGCCGCAGCUGCACAUCGUGCCCUACCUUCACGACCAGACGGGCGCCAAGGGAGCAACCAACCCCGAGAAGCCCGUGAGCGAGAACAUGCCCGCGGAUCCCCACCACGGUGAGCCCACGGGCACCAAGGCCGAGUGGGACAUUGACAUUGAGGACCUGCGCUCUUGGAGCGACCCCGAUGACCACGAGGAUCCCAACGACACCCUCCCGGGCUUCGAGACGGACGGCACGCCGAGAUCCCCCGGCGAUGUUGGUCGACUGCAGCACGAGAAGGACCUGCGCAAGAUGUGGCGCUACGCUUACAAGACGACGGCCAACCUCAAGUCGUCAAACCUCAUCUACGGCAACACCAUGAAGACGUUGACCCUCAAGGACAACCGCACUGAGACGCAGUCGCGCAUGCUGAGGGAGGACCCCAAGUCCGAAGCGUCAUUCACCAGCGAGAAGCCUGUUCGCUUCAAUCCUUACCCCGACUACAAUAGCGACGAAUGGAAGCAGCAGGGCCACGCAGCCUACGUUCCAUGCAAGGGCGCAACUGGCGAGUUUGUUGAAGACCUGUUGGUCUUCAAGGGCCGGCCCCAGAAGUGGCCCGCGCCCAAGUUCGGCAGCUACGAGCUCCUUGGCUUCGACCCCAACAUUUGCUGGGAGCGCGACACGAGGCUGGGCCCCUACGGCUUGAUCGAGCAGCGCAAGAAGGUUGGCGGCGAAUACGAGGCCAUCAAGUGGGACAACGUCAACUGGGGUGACCUCCAGCAGCGCUGCCUCAAGCUGAACGCCGAUCGCUUCGACAUGACCCGCACCAAGAAGAACGAGUACCUCGACGCGUACCCCGAGCUUGCGAAGCCAACGCCCACGCCAGCGACCGAAGAGCAGAAGAAGGACGAUUCCAAGGACAAGGAGGAGACCAAGGAGAAGCCCGACGUCCCCUACAACGAAAAGCCGCCACCAAAGAUCAAGGGCCGCUCCCCUGUCAGACGCGAGGUCGUCAAGGAGACGCGAACCGCUAUCCUGCUGCGCUCCUACACGGGCAUGGAGUACAGCGAGAACGACAAGCAAGUCAUCCGGGCCAUGAUCAGCGAGCUCAACCUCAAGACCGGUGGCCAAUACGAGGUCUUCCUGCUCGUCCAGUCCAAGGGCAAGGACGAUCGCAUCUUUGACGACGCCGAGACGUACCAAAAGGUGCUGCGCGACAACGUGCCGGCCGAGUUCCACGCCAUCACCGUUCUCUGGAACGACGAGCAGGUCUGGAACAUUUACACGGAGCUCAAGGAUCCGAACGAGCGGACCGUGCACACGGCGCAGUGGUUGUCGGUGCAAAAGUUCAGCCACGACCACCCGCAGUUUGACUUCAUUUGGAACUGGGAGAUGGACUUCCGUUACACCGGCCACCACUACGACCUGCUCAACAACCUCGAGAGCUUCGCCAAGAAGCAGCCGCGCAAGUACCUCUGGGAGCGAAACGAGCGCUGGUAUAUCCCCGAGUACCACGGAGACUACGACACGACCUUCCGAGAGGAGGUUGCCAAGCGACACGGCGACGACACCGUCUGGGGACCCCCGAACCUGCCCUUUAUCAAGCCCGUGGGCCCCAAGCCACCCGUUGCGUCGUUCAAGGACGACAACUACGAGUGGGGCGUCGGCGAGGAGGCCGAUUUCCUCACCGUAGGCCCCAUGUUCGACCCCAUCGACAGCCAGUGGAUUAUCGCCAACCACAUCUGGGGUUACAACGACGAGAACCACAAGUCGACCGAUUUGCCGCGACGCACCACCAUCGUCACGCAGUCCCGCAUCUCGAAGCGGCUGCUAGACAUUAUGCACGUGGAGAACAUGCGGGGCAAUCACGUCGCGUCCGAAAUGACGCCGCAGACUGUUGCCCUCCUCCACGGCUUCAAGGCGGUCUUCGCUCCCCAUCCCGUGUUCAUGGACCGAGACUGGCGGGGCGAGUUCCUCAACAAGUGGUUCAACCCCGGCCCCAGCGGCGAGUGUGGCGGCCGAGGAAGCCCGAUGGGCUGGGGCCGCGAGCGCCGAUACCAGGGAACUACGUGGUACUACCGUGCGGAGCCGCCGAACCGCCUGUACAACAACUGGAUGGGCUGGAUCGACACCGGCGUCGGCGGCUCCAAGUGGGAAGAGCAGCACGGCCGGCCUUGCCUCCCGUCAGCCAUGCUGCACCAGGUCAAGAACACGGAGCCCACUGAGGCCGACCACAAGUCGGGCUUCAGCUUGGCUUACGGCUAA